CCGGGUCCGACUGAAGUGUCGUGUGGCGCACUUGUCCAACUCCAUCCGGUGUCACGAGCAGACGUACCGGAGAGAGUUACCGGUGAGGUUUCACGGCGUUUCCCCCCCCGGUGGAAGUUAGAGACACGAGGAGGCCGAGUUCAACAACUGACCGAUCGGAAACUUUUUUUUUCUCUCUCACUCUCACAAAGAUAGUUUGGGGAAGAAAAGAAAAAAAAAUGGCAGACAACGACCACGUCUCUUCCACCACUCCUCUGUUCGGCGGGGAGGUGCACCACUACGAGGCCGAGCCGGACAAGCCCAAACAGGACCUCUUCAGCAUGGAUGAUAUCGUGGACUUGGUCGGCGGUGCUCAGGACGCCCUGGACCGCCACUUGGCUGAAGGCAGAGCGCCACACGAGUCCACAGAAGAUCUCUACCCGUCAUCAACGUUAGCGGAGCCGGAACCGGUGCCGGUGCCAGGGGUGACGGAACGUGACCCGGGGACUGCCAUUCCGGACUCCACCAGCUUCGCCUCCGUUCUCGACGACAUCCCUCCUCUAAUCGCCGAGAAGCCCGACGUCGUCGCCCCGAAAGUCGAACCCGAGUCCUCCCAGAUCGAGCCGGAGCCACAGGCUGCCCCCGGGCCAGAGGCUGCCCCGCAGAUCGACGCCCUCCCAGCGGCUGAUCCCUGGAAAGCAGCGCCAGCCUCCGCAGAAGCAGCAGAGCGACCUGCGGUGACAGAGGAACCUCCGGCUCCAGCAUCUUAUGAACCUUCUCCUUCUAAAGCUCAGCCUCAUCCUCUGAUGCAAUUCCCUACAGCACUUGGGCAGAAGGGUGAGUCCCCUGCUCCCAUCUCUCCUCUCUCCCCACUUCACUCCCCCGACUCUCUGGAGGAGCUCUCUCUAACCGAGAGUCCCAAUCAGCCACCUACUUCGGGAUUUGCCGCAUCCUUGGGCUCCUUCUCCACUGCACCACCCACUACUCAUUCCAAGGACAUGGCUUGGGUGGGUGAAGAGGGCGGCUCUGGACCAGGCCGUAGUCAGAUUAAGGAAGAUCCCUUAGCUGGUCCUUACCUGAGUUUAGGGAAAGACCCAGGGCCUCAUAAUCCAUGCGAGGACAGCGGAGUUUCCGUUUCACCCGAGGAGAAGCUGAUAAGCUCAGACAGGUCCCCCACUGGCCCCUCCCCACUGAGCCCUCAGGUGAAGGUCCCCGAGUCUCAACUUGCCUCCUCUAACCCAACAGAGCACUGGGAUUCACCAUACCUAGCAUCUCAAGACAACACCAAGGUCCCUCCCAUGGAUGCCUUCUCCAAGGACACGGCUCCCUUUAGCUCUUCCAGGUAUGACCAAGACCUGCACGACAACCACUCCGAUGAAGACGAUGACCUGAUGUAUGAGGUGAAGAAGAAUAAUAACCCGUUCGAGGGCUACUCCCCCCUGGCGGACAGCGGCUACUCUCAUUUCGGAGACUUCAAGUCUGACAACCGAGCCUCAAAAAUAUCAGAGAGUCCCACCCCGGAUCUGGUUCUGUAUGGCCAGACGGGAGAAUCCCAAGAUGCACCGCCAUCUUUCUUAGACGAGAAGAAGACCUUUCAGACGGGCAACAUGGCUGCUGACUCGCUCAUGCAGUCAGUGAACCGUUACUCGUCUGGCCUGAAAGACGACGACGAGGACGAUGACGACGAAGAGGAGGAGGAGGAAGAAGAUUCCGCCGCUGUGCCCACGUCGCUUCCGGACAUCCUGAAGUCUUCUCCGCUCAACCCUGACAAAUUGGACUCCGGCUCCUCGGAGGGAAGUCCCGAGCAGAGUCCCAUCCUUGAACGGAGGAUGAUGGAGUCGCCCAACCCUCCCAUCAAUCUGUCCGCUAACAACCCGUUCGCCUUCGACGCCAAGGUGUCCCUGCUGAAAGAGAUGACCGAGGAGUUGGAAGUGAAAGGGCCCGAGAAAGUAAAAGCGGAAGACGACCCGGGCUUCGGCGCGUUCGAUCUUGUCAAAGAGGCGGCGGAAACCUCCCCCUCUGAGAUCAAGGACGAGCUGCCCGUCAAGAUCGAGCAGAAGGAUUGGUUUUCCAGCCACGACGCCCAGAAAGUGAAGGAACAGUUCGAGCCUCUCGACUUCCAGGGCAAAAAGACCCCCGCUGAGGAUUCGGAUUCCGAGUCGCCAACGGCGGACUCGCUGUCUCCGGUCCUGGAGGCCAUGGCCAAGAACCCUGCCAGCUUCCAGGUGGAAACCGAGAAGAUGGACCCAAAGAUGGAGCUGGAGGAGCCGGAGAUGGCCGAGGAGGUCUCUGAGCACGAAAUCUCCUCGGAGGAGUUUGAGUUCAUCGAGCGCCCACCCCGGGGCGUCAUCGACGAGUUUCUCGAGGCUCUGGAUACGUCCAAAUUUGCCUCCUCCAAGCCCCCGGAGAUCCCCAUGGAUGACGACCUGAGCUUCGGGCACAACGAUGUGCCCCCGUUUUCGGCGCCGUUCGCUGCGGAAGUAGCUGCACCCCCCGAGGCCGAAGCGGAGGCCCCAAGUCAGAGCUCCUACCGCCUCCUCACCCAAACGUCCCCCCAGAAGAGCAAGGCCGAGCUGGAGAAGCCCGACGUUCAGCAGCCCCCCGCCCAAGCCCCCCCCAUCCACUCCGCGGCCCGCAAGCCAGACGAGGCGGUCGCCGUGAAGAGCGCGGAGGGCGGCAAAGUGUUUAAGAUGCCAAACGUGAACAUAAGAGCAGUUGUUGAUCUCCUCUACUGGCGUGAUGUGAAGAGAACCGGCGUGGUGUUCGGCGCCGCCCUGCUGCUGCUCCUCUCCCUGACGGUGUGCAGCAUCGUGAGCGUCUGCUCCUACAUCGGCCUGGCUCUCCUCUCCGUCACCAUCUGCUUCAGAAUAUACAAAGGCAUCCUGCAGGCCAUCCAGAAGUCCGAUGAGGGGCACCCGUUCAAGCAGUACCUGGACCAGGAGGUGGCGCUGUCCGAGGACGUGGUCCACAAGUACAGCGACUUGGCUCUGGCCAAACUCAACAAGACCGUCUGUGAAUUGAGGCGCCUGUUCCUGGUUGAGGACCUGAUCGACUCUAUCAAGUUUGCGGGCUUGAUGUGGAUCCUGACUUACGUCGGCUCCUUGUUCAACGGCCUCACUAUUCUGAUCCUGGUUCUGAUCGGAGUGUUCAGCUGCCCGAUCGUCUAUGAGAAACACCAGACUCAGAUCGACCACUACGUGGCUCUGGUCAACAACCAGGUCAAAGACGUUGUUGGAAAGGUCCAGGCGAAGGUCCCCGGGAUGAAACGCAAAGCCGAGUGAAGUAACGACAAGUGGGAGUUUGGACUCAGGAAGCCCUGAGUGGAGAGAUGGUUGGAGGAGAAGCUGGGGGGGGGUGUAUGUGGGAGGCUGGGGGUGGGUCAGAUAUGAAGGAAGGAGGGGUCUGGCGUGGAUGCAGCCCGUCUAACUUUAUUUGUCAAAAUAAUAAAACACUUUUUUUCCAGCUCAGAAUUCCUUUUUAUUUGUGUUUCCUGGACAAGUUAAAGCAGGUCUGAGAUCAGCCGACUCGCCUUUUUAUUUCAGGUUGAGUUUUAAAUGUAUUUCUGUGAGUUGCUCAAACUUAAAGACUUGCAUUUUUAAUCUUGCGUUAACCCUCCCUCUCCUCACCCAGUGCAUUGUGGGAAGUCAGACCCUCGUCGGGUGUCAUUUUGGAGGUUUGGAGGGAGAUUUUCUUUUUGUUUCCCUUCGUCUAUUUAUCGAGAAACAAGCGGCACCUCAUUUGUAUUUUCUUUUUCUGUUUUGUUUUUAGUUUUUGCAAUGAUUACAGAGUAUUUUGUGGUUUAGCUGUUUUAACAGAAACACCGUAGUGUCCAUAAAGCUUGGAGCUUGUUUUCUCUGCGACCUGCUGCGUGGUUUUGCCUCGAUGUGACGACUUUGUGAACGCCUGGGAGGGAGGGAGGGAGGGGGGUCCGGGGGGGUUUGGGGUGUUACCAUUUAAAACGUCAUCGCUUCUGAGUAACUCUUAGCUAGAAACAUCGAGAACUUUUGCCAGACGAGUACAACACAUUAAUUUCAUCAGUUAUUUCCAUGUCAUUUGCAGCUGUCUAGUAAUGAGAAAUCUCUGGAAAACACGUUUACAUUCAUCCACAUCAGUUCAAAUAUUUAAAAAGUGAAGAAAAAAAAAAUGAAACGGGAUUUAAAGAAAAAAAAAAUCAUACUAUCUGUGGAACAAGUAUCUUAAUAAAGUUGCAACUUGAUGUGACUUUGGGGAAACCUUCGAGCAUUUCUUUGUUAUGCAAGUAUAAUUGUGAAUGAUAAACUUCAUACUUCAAUUGUGACGAUAAAAUAGCUUCCCGCUGGGAGCCGUGUUUGUGGAAUGCAUUGUGAGAUGUAAACAAUUAUCAAUAAAGCUUCUAGCCGAAGAAA